GGGAAUUCAACUGGUUUCGUACCAUCUUCAUUUACCAUACUAUUGUUGAGUGCUGCCAUGAUUGUUGUAAAGAGGGAGAGAUAACGACAAAUUCUGCUUAUUUCCUACAUAAUAGUAUAUCCUAUUGACGCUCCUACCUAAUAUGGCUUCUUAGAGAACCUACCCUGUUCUCCUGAACAGCUGAUAUGAACGGCAGUUUAAAUUAAUAACUGGUACUCGAUAACUGAUUUCAAUAGACUCAUUCUAAAUCUCUGAACGCUACCUAAUCAUCUUGUUGAUCUACCGCGAUGUCCAAGUUUGUGAGGGGCUCUCUAACAGGCGUCAUAGUUGCAGCAGCAGCGAGCUACAGUUUUAGUGAGGCCAUAGGAGCACGCACAGAUGAUAUGACAAAAGAAUUGAGAGAAAUACGACAGUACUACCGCUCACAAUCAGCACCAGAAGAGCCUCUUCAAGCUCAGAAGAAAGCCUAUAUAAAGUCCAGUGAACCAUCUCUGGCUGAGGAAUUCCAGUCCAAAUGGAACGACCAAGUGUUGAACUUUAUAAGAGCCAGACAGGGAGCAUACGACGCCGACAGCAUUAUCAACUGGGCAGUCGACAAGCUCACGGGAGCUGUAGAUGCGGUAGAGACUGUGGAGAAUGUAGGCACUACAUCUGCACCACCAGUGGAGAAGAAACUUGUAUAAUAAGACAAUAGAUGCAUAACAAAGAAAUCAAUACAAAUUCG